UAAUGUCAUAUGACUGUCGACAACAGUGCUACCAAUAUCAGAAAUUGUCCACCAUUUUGGUGCAGCUGAUGUUUGUUUGAGAUAGAGAAAAAUCUUGAAAAUCUCUAUUUAUCUUCUCAAAAUGGGUGCUUCCUUUGUCCCCAUCACUGUUUUCACGAUCCUGUGGGGUGUGGUCGGCAUUGUGUGCCCUAUCUUUGCCCCUAAAGGCCCUAACAGGGGGAUAAUCCAGGUGGUGUUGAUGUUAACUGCAGCUACAUGCUGGUUGUUCUGGCUGUGCGCGUACAUGGCGCAGAUGAACCCGCUCAUCGGGCCCAGACUUAACAACGAAACGCUCAUCUGGAUCUCACGCACUUGGGGCAACCCGAUCUCGAAUCACACGGGUGCGUAAGGAGAAGAACUUCAAUAUUUAGAAUCAAUACUACAGCUGUAUUACCUUCUUGUAAACAUGUAUAUUUUUUCUUGACAAAGUUAAAUACAUAAAAAUAUCCUAUUGAUAAUUAAGCGCUAAGUUAUUUUGACUUAACCCUAAUUACAAUAAAUUAUAUUAAAUUAUUUUAAAUCUAAGAAGAGGUCGAAUACAGUUGAUACAGUUGAUCAAAUACAGUUGAUUGUCUGCAAUUUAACGUAAUGAAGAUGUAAGUAAAACUUAUUUUAUAAUGAACCGAUGUCAUUCCACUACUGCUGUUCUGCGCUGAUCGCUACAUGUUGCGAGUAAAUGUUAUUAUAAAAUAAAAAAUGUGUAUUAAAUUGUAGAUUGUAUAUAAAUUAUUAAUUCAAUAAAUUACAACAGUUA